GCGCUCGGAGCGCAGUCGCUGAUAGUCGAGCGAGUUCGAUGGUGAUGGACGGUCGUGAUCGAGCAGUACGAUCAAUUGUAGUCGAGUCGCAAAACGUAGAAGAGUCACUCGUGUACGGUUGUAGCUAAGCAUCGUGAAGAUUCCUCGCACAUGUGCGAUGAUGAUUAUUUUAUAAUACGUAUCGGGCAACGAAGUUAAGUGCGUCGCGCGGUAAUUACGAGGGAGCGAGUUCUGGGCGUUACAUAUUGUGACAGGCAACAUAACGCCGUGCGAUGCACAAGGCUGGUGUAUCGGUCGCGGCCGUUCGUCAUCGGACUUUGAUAGGAGCGGUCAGAAUGCGCAAUGUCGUUCUUUGGCCCCUAUUGCUGCUGACCUUGUCCGGUUUCACGGGUUUGGUAACCUGUGAAGAAGAUGCACAUUGUGUGUGGUAUGGAGAGUGCUACAUGGAUGGAGCAAUGCAUAAGAAAUAUUGUCCUUACGAUGGAUUAGCGAAACCGUUGGAUUCUGAAGGACAGAAAUUAUUGGGGAAACAUUGUCCGCAUUUGUUGGUAGACAGCGGCAAUGGAAUUAACACUUGCUGCGACAUGAAUCAACUUAUCAACUUAGAUACGAAUAUUAAGCUCGCAUCGAACUUUUUAAAAAGAUGUCCGAGCUGCUUGGACAAUUUAGUGAAGCAUUUUUGCGACUUUACAUGCGCUACCAACCAAAGCAAAUUUAUCAAUGUUACGGAGAAAGCCAAAACAGACAAAGGCGUAGAAUAUAUUAAUGCCAUUGAUCUGUACAUAACGAAUAAAUAUCUUGAGGGAACGUUUAACUCGUGCAAUAAGGUAUCAGUACCAAGUACCGGACAGUUGGCAUUGGAUUUAAUGUGCGGUGAAUGGGGAGCGAGUAGAUGUACUCCUUUGAAAUGGUUCCACUUUAUGGGUGAUGCAGCGAAUAACAUGUAUGUACCUUUCCAAAUCACAUAUGUGAACACCGACAGAGCUAUUGAUGUGUUUACGCCGUUGGAUCCUCCAAUCACACCGUGCAGCAAGGCGUUAAAUGAAUACGCUCCAGCAUGCAGCUGUGUCGAUUGCGAACAAAGCUGUCCAAUACCACCACCACCACCUCCAUUGCCAAAACCGUUCUCGAUAUUCGGUUAUGAUGGUUAUGAAGUUACAAUGACAAUUAUGUUUGUAUGCGGCACCUGUCUCUUCCUUCUGUUGAUAGCGUGUUUCAGCCAUAGAAAGCGCAUAGUUGCACGAGGGGAGGAAGUAGGAAGACAGGUGGGUAGACGGCUAGCAGCCGGAUUACACCACCCAGGAGAUGGUGCUCGUAUUGCCCUCGCCGCUGAUCAAGAAGACAGCCCACUUCAGUCUAAGCGUUCUAGUGUUAUAUCUACUGAUGAUUUACCAUCUGGAUUUGACGAAGAACAAUCCACUUUCAUCGAAAAGCUUGGAGCAGGCACGGACAAAUUUUUGCAAGAGUUCUUCUGCAAAUGGGGGACAUUUUGCGCUUCUCGACCUUGGUUAAUACUUUUUCUCGGCUUCCUGUUUAUUGUCGCCUUGGGACACGGCAUAAAAUACAUACAAGUUACUACAGAUCCUGUGGAAUUGUGGGCGUCUCCACAUUCUCGAUCGCGCGUCGAAAGAGAAUACUUCGAUAAACACUUUGAACCGUUUUAUCGAAAUGAACAAAUUAUUAUUACCUCUAUUGGCUUGCCAAAAAUCGUGCAUAACACGUCCAACGGACCAAUCGUGUUCGGUUCUGUAUUUAAUGAUACUUUUUUGAAAACAAUUUUCGAAUUGCAAGAAGGUAUUAAGCAUAUAGUUACUCCUAACAAUUACACAUUAGCCGACAUAUGUUUUGCCCCUUUAACCGGGCCAUUUACUGGCCCGACGACAGUUUCGCAAUGCGCUAUUCAAAGUAUUUGGGGUUACUGGCAAGACAGUUUAGAGAAGUUUCAGGAUUCGGAAGAAGACGGCAAUUAUACGGUGAACUAUUUGGAUCACUUCAGAGUUUGCUCACAAAAUGCAUAUAACCCUGAAUGUCUUGCGCUUUACGGUGGUCCCGUGGACCCCGCGAUCGCAGUAGGUGGAUUUUUGUCUCCAGGACAGGAUCUUCAUAAUCCGCCAUAUGAAAAGGCAACUGCUAUAAUCCUUAGCAUACUUGUAAACAAUUAUCACAAUAAAACCAAAUUAUCUCCUGCUAUGGAAUGGGAAGAGAGCUUUAUUGCCUUUAUGAAAAACUGGACCGCAACGAGAAAACCAGCGUUUAUGGACAUAGCAUUCACGUCCGAGCGGUCUAUUGAGGAUGAAUUAAACCGUGAAUCUCAGUCGGAUAUUGUGACCAUUCUAAUAUCAUACGUCAUCAUGUUUGGAUAUAUCGCGGUGUCUCUCGGCCAAAUCAGAUCUUGCUCUCGUCUUCUGCACGAUUCUAAGAUCACUCUUGGACUCGGAGGCGUGCUCAUAGUAUUGGCAUCUGUGAUUUGCUCGGUCGGAUUGUUCGGCUUCAUCGGUAUACCAGCUACGUUGAUCAUCAUCGAGGUCAUUCCAUUCUUGGUACUGGCGGUCGGAGUGGACAAUUUUAUUCUCGUUCAAACUCAUCAGAGAGAGGGUAGACGCCCGAACGAGUCUAUCUCAGAACACAUUGGUCGUACAUUGGGCCAAGUCGGCCCUAGUAUGUUAUUGACGAGCGUGUCGGAAAGCUGCUGCUUCUUCCUUGGUGGCCUCUCUGAUAUGCCUGCUGUGAAAGCGUUUGCUCUUUAUGCUGGAAUGGCACUAUUAGUAGAUUUCAUAUUGCAAAUUACAUGUUUCGUCAGUCUUCUAGCACUUGACACAAUUCGACAUGCGAACAAUAGGUUGGAUGUGUGUUGCUUUAUUCAUUCCAAGCGAGAUGAUGGAGAAGAGGUGGUAGAUGGAAUGCUGUAUAAAAUCUUCAAAGUCGCAUAUGUCCCGCUCUUACUACAAAAGUGGGUUCGCGCUGUUGUGAUGGUUGUAUUUUUCGGUUGGCUCUGUAGCAGCAUCGCCGUAAUACCACAUAUCGAAAUUGGCCUAGAUCAAGAACUUUCUAUGCCCGAAGACAGCUUUGUGCUUAAAUACUUCAAAUUUCUAAAUAAUUACUUAUCGAUCGGACCGCCGAUGUAUUUUGUCGUUAAAGAUGGCCUGAAUUAUUCCGACACCAAAGUACAAAAUUUAGUUUGUGGUGGGCAGUAUUGUAAUAUCGAUUCAAUAUCUACACAAAUCUUCACAGCAUCCAAACAAUCAAAUAGAACUUAUAUAGCUAAGCCUGCUUCGUCUUGGAUGGAUGAUUACAUCGAUUGGUCAGGAUUGUCCGGCUGUUGUAGAUAUUUUCCUACCAACAGCUCAUUCUGCCCGCAUACCGAUCGCGCACACUGUUCUACUUGCAAUAUCACUUUGAAUCAAUACAACAGGCCGACGGCGACCGAUUUCGAUAGAUACGUAUCGUUUUUCCUGCAAGAUAAUCCCGACGAGACGUGCGCUAAAGGUGGCCAUGCUGCUUAUGGACAUGGUGUAAAUUACAUUACGCACGACGACACGAUGAUGUCGACCGUGGGCGCUUCGUAUUUCAUGGCUUAUCACACGAUACUCAAGACCUCGGCCGAUUAUUACGAAUCGAUGAGAGCGGCCAGAGUUGUGGCGUCAAACAUAACAGAUAUGCUCAACUGUAAUUUGAGACGUAUGGGCGAUGACACUACGGUAGAAGUUUUCCCAUACAGCGUUUUCUACGUAUUUUACGAACAGUAUCUGACUAUGUGGCCCGACACAUUGCAAAGUAUAGGAAUCUCAUUGCUCGCUAUAUUUGUGGUUACUUUCCUACUAAUGGGCCUGGACAUUUUUUCAUCGCUGGUUGUCCUAAUUACAAUCACGAUGAUUGUCGUCAACAUCGGCGGCCUGAUGUACUGGUGGCACAUAACUCUGAACGCAGUGUCUCUAGUGAAUCUUGUUAUGGCAGUUGGCAUAGCCGUCGAGUUUUGCAGUCAUUUAGUGCAUUCCUUCUCAGUGUCAAUUCAAGCAACUAGAGUGGACAGAGUUGCAGAUGCGUUGACAAAUAUGGGGAGUUCAGUAUUCAGCGGUAUUACGCUUACGAAGUUUGGCGGUAUUAUAGUUCUGGGCUUUGCGAAGAGUCAAAUUUUCCAGGUGUUUUACUUCAGGAUGUAUCUGGGUAUCGUGCUAUUUGGAGCAGCACACGGUCUGAUAUUUUUGCCGGUGUUAUUAAGUUACAUAGGCGUGAUGUCGCGCCGAGGGCGUAGAAGAGCCCGCGAAAAUGCGAGCGGAGGUGAAGCUAGACGUCACAAACGUGACCAGCCGGAUUCUCCUCUUCUCGAAAACGAUAGCCGUCAACACCCGACCACUUCCUACGCCAGUAUGAACUCCAUCGAUGUGACUGAUCACUAUGUAAUGUUUUAAUGACAAAUCAUUCGUCGCCGAUGUAAUCGGGUGCAAUUUUUGUACUUAGAAAGACUGAAACGGAUCUAUUAAGGUAACCAUCGAUACUGUCCUUUUAACCUGGCGCUGUUGUAAGUCGAAAGAGUCGCACGAGCUCUCUCUCUCUCUCUCUCUCUUUUUUUUCUUUCUUUCUUUCAAAAUAUUUCAAAAAAAUUACGGAAAGCUUUAAAGAAAGAGAUAAGUUACAUAUUGUUUUUACAAACUUUUCCGAGACUGGUGAAUAUGUCCAUCUAUCGUUCAUAUCUGGCACCUAUUUUAGCAACGAAAAGAUUUAUAAUAUUUAAUUAUAAUUGGUCUUGAUUACUUUCUUUGGACAAGAUCUUUUUUAAUUUGAUAUUAUUAGAUUGUCACAGAUUGCGUAUUCUAAAUGGUCUUGCAAUUGCAGACGACUGAUCAUACGAUCGAUCUUAGGUAGAAUAAUUUAUCUAGAAUGAAAAAUUUGUUUCUGUGCUACUCGUUACGUGAAUUUAUAGAGAAUAUAAUAAACGUAACGAAUAUGAAAUGCAUUUCCCUCUUUUUAACGCAAAUGCAAUCAAAGUGAGGUGUGAACCUUCGUUCUGAUAUUGAUAUCAGAUUACUAUAUUGUCCUAAAUAUGGCAUAAAAUAUCGAUAAUUAAGAGAAUAAAAUGAUUGAUUUUUCUAAUACGUAACUUACACAAGAAAUAAAUUUGAAUAUUUGAAAGUGAUGGAAAACAAAACAAAAAAAAAAAACAUCGCAUAUACAUUACACUUUGAAACUUCACGCAUGAUACGUAUUGGACUUUGUGCUAACUAAAUGUAAUUAUUCUUAUUUAAGCCGUCCAUAGCCGAGGUGUAAUGUGAAAAAUGAAUGAUGUACAAUACACAUCGAAUAAAAAAUCUAUUAUUGGGGUUAGUAUAAUAGUUGUCCGUAAAUAAGAAUGCGAUAUCUAUAUCAGGAUUCAAGUUUUCAAAUCUCACAUUAACUCGCAUAAGUUCCAUAGCGAUUGGAGACUCCAGGUCUAUUCGUUCCGAAUUUUACCGAACCAUUCGUUUUUUGUUUUGCUGCAUUAAUAUACUUGAAAUUAUUUGAGAUACUUUAUGAUCAUUUUCGAAUUUACGAAUUCUAUUUUCGAAUGCUUAAUAAUAUGAAAUCGUAUAUUGAUUUGGAAGUCAUGUGCGUCUCUUCAGUCAGAUAAAAGUGUUAUAGAUUUUUAUUAUGAUACGUAAGAAUUAAAUUUCCAUUGAAUAUUUAUUCUAAUAAAAAUAUCAGUAUCAAUCAAUUCAAUACGCGGACAUACAUGUUUUGUGCAUAUUUUAAAUAAAUAUUGUUUUAUUUUGUCAAGUUUUUCGAAUUUAUUGCAAGUUUAAGUAUUAAACUCAGUAUUAAAUUUAAACUAAAGUAACACUUCGUUUUUUUCCAAGUUAUUUGAGUAUUCUUUAGAAUAAAAUCUAAGCGGCCUUUUAAAUGUCACCUGCAGUUUUGCAUUGUUUAAUUAAAGCUACCUACGAGAUACUUUUUUUAUUGCUUUUUUUUAAGUAUUGGACUAUAAUGCCUAUAAUGCAGAAAGAUGCAAUUUCAACAUACGAUUAGACUGGAAUUGCGGAAAUCUUUACAAUUUCGGUUAAAACAAACAUAUUUCAUAUAUCAUACUAAUAAAAAAUUUAAUCACCAGUUGCUUAUGAACUUUUUAUGAUCUGGCCAAAUAUUUAGAUAAGGUUUUUGUGAAUUACGCGGAGAAAUGGGGUAAUUUAUAUUAUAUUUAAGCGUUAGGUUUUGCAGUAAGUGAUAGAUUUGUCAAUUUUAUUUACUAGUACGCUUUGUCAGUGUGAGUUUUCUACUGAGAAAUACAGCAUUUCUGCUCGACUUGUGUGGCGAAUCUGUAAUAGUGUCUUUUGUCCGUGUAUAUACGAUAUAACAGAACUAGCAUGUGAAUCGAUCGCGUCAUCACAUCGAUGCAUUUUUCAUGCUUGAUGCUUGCUCCCUGAUUAAGAGAUUCUCUCGUCACGCGUUUGAACGUAAAUAUUUUAUGUGAGGCAUAACUUUUAUACAAUCAUCAAGCGGUACAUAUAAUAAAUAUUGUAUGAUGGGGUAGGGACUCUCUAAAAAAUAUGAAGCUGUUAAUUCCUCAAAUUAUUCUUACGGUGUACUUGAAUGCAAACAAAUGCGUAAGAAGCGAAAGGAGAAAGAUGAUUGUGUUAAAUGUUAUAAAUCGUAUCGAAGUAUGUUGUAAAACUGUAUAAGUUCCGUAUAUUGAUCGGCGGAAAUGUAUGUGUUCAAUGUAUAUAUGAAGCGAUACCUUUUCCGCAAAAAAAAAAAAAA